GGCUGGGCGCCGAGGAUCUGUCUGAUGGUUCCCAGGCCACGCUGAUGCUGCUCUGCCAGAAGAGAGAUGGGGAAAAGAUACUUCUGUGACUACUGUGACAGGUCCUUUCAGGACAACCUUCACAACAGGAAGAAACACCUCAACGGAGUGCAGCAUCUCAGGGCUAAGAGAGUCUGGUACGACUUAUUCCGAGAUGCUGCCGCUAUCCUGCAAGAGGAGCAAACCAAGAAACCGUGUCGGAAGUUUCUGCAAACAGGACAGUGUGAUUUUGGGUCCAACUGCAGGUUUUCCCACAUGACAGAGCAGGACCUGGAGAAGCUGAGUGCCCAGGUUCAAGGCGAGAAGAGAUCAAAGGAGCUGCGGCAGGAGGGAGCAGAUGUCCCGACUGGCACCAUUGAGGACUGGCUGGAGAAGAGGGCAAAGAGGCUGAGCACAGCUCAGAGCAACAGUGCCCUGCCUGAGAAACCAGCGCCUUUCCAGUACCCCCCAGGCUGGCCACCAGUGCAGGACCUGCCCCCGUCCCUGCAGGCCCCCCCACCUGGAGGGUGGCCGGUGCCCCCCAACCUGCAGUGGGGCUGAGACACAGGGACCCCUGCAGAGGCUGCGCUGGAGAUGGACGUCGUCCUCGCUGCUCUACAAAAGGGACAGAACUAUUUAUACGCACUUUGAUACAAAUAAACCCUUCCCC